AUGGUUGAGAUGGAAAAUGACAGCGGCAUGAUCGGUAGCUGGCUGCCUCCAAAUCCAAGCUCGAGAACCCUAUUGUCAAGCUCUUCGACUAAAGAUUUUGUCUCUAGAUCGUUACCAGCUUUCUUGGUAGAGAAUGGAAAUUUGGGGCUUUCAUGGAACCCUGGAAACCAAACGGUGGGUGUGAGCUCAAAAACAGAAGGUGAGUUGUUUGGUGACUCUAAAUCAAGCUCAAUUGGAGGGCUUGCACAGAGGAUGGCAACAAGAAAAGGUUUCAAUGUUCCAAAGCUUGAUACAGCCAACAUUCCAUCCACUAGCACAAUUUCAUCCUUGGAAAUUCCUUUGCCUUAUCUGACAAUUCCAUCGGGUCUCAGUCCUACCGCAUUGUUCGAGUCUCCAGCUUUAUUUUCAGAUAUAUCGGAUCAACCACCUCCAGCCAUAGGCAAACUUGAAUUUUUGGAGUAUCUUUCUUCAAACACAAUGCAUGCCUCAUGUUCAGCAGCGUUUGCAAAAAGUGAAUACAACAUAUUUGAAGACAUCUCUGAAGCACUUACUUUCAAGACUCCUUUAGAAUCCGAUUCACAUCACUCUAGAUUGGUGAGGAAGGAUGAGUUUGUAGCUGGAUGCAGGAAUAGCUAA